AUCCUACCUAAAUGAUAAUUUUAUUUUUAGUAAAGACAUUUUUUUAGGAAAGAAAAAAUUAAGAUUGAUUUUUUCAUUAGUCAGUAUGGAACCUAAUAUGUAACCACUAAACUUGUUAAGUGGCGCAGAUUGAUUAUUUAAAAAAAAACUAACCGAAAAAUAUUUCUAUUUUUCGUAAAUUAAAUUGGUAACGCGAAAAAAAAGAUUUACGACACGCGUAUAAUGAAUGUACGACAUGCACUCGGAUGCAAUAAAAUACAUGAGAUACGGUUUUAUUGCCUAAAAUUUUGUAGUCAAAACAAAAAAAAAAUAUACAUUUUUCCAGCUUUUCCCGCUCAUUUUUAUACUUUACACACACAAAGUAAUUACUCUAAUACGAUAAAGAUGGUUUCGAAAGUCAUAGAUUACCGAGUUUCUAGAGUCGUAAUUCUUUGCAAGGAUUGUGGUCAAGACGUUGGACUAUACCCUGCUAGACAUAAAUGUGGAAUACCUUCUUCAGAAACACCACCCUUACCAUCAAUACCGAAAAAAUAUCUUUCUGCAGAAAAGACUGGUUCCAAUAUACCGUCUAAUAAUUCAGAUAAUGAUUACUCUGGUGAAAGCUUAUGGGGUAAACUUCGAUCUAUUCGUAAUUGGAAGGAUACUAGCGUCGAAGAUGUAACGGAUAAUACUCAAAAUUCAAAAUUGUGGAACAAGAUUUUAGCCUUAAAUAACAACAAUGCUGAUGAAUCCGACAAUGAAUCAGAAAAAGAUGAGUGGGAAGGAGAAACUCAUAUUUCACGUAUAUUACGGGAAUAUUAUGAAAAUAAAGGGGCCGACCUUCCUGAUUGGCUAUAUGAUUUAGAUUCAAAAACGUCUGUUUCAUCAACACAAAUGAAUUCGGAUUCAAAUAAGGCUGCUAAUAAUGACAGUAAUUAUAAAAAAUCAAAUGAUAAUAUUAAAAGAGGUCGUCAGCCUAUAAUUUAUGAUUCAAGAGACUUAUUAACAUCACCAACUUCAAUAAACUAUCCUUCAUCACCAACUUCAAUGAACUAUCCUUCAUCACCAACUUCAAUGAACUAUCCUUCACCAACUUCAAUGAACUAUCCUUCAUCACCCGUGAAUAAGGGAGGAGAAAGGAGUAGAGAUAGGAGUAGAGGUAGGAGUGGGGAUAGGAGCAGGGAUAGAAAUGUUCAUCCACCAAAUUCAUAUAAUGAUCAAUACCGAAACAAUAAUCCAAAAAAACCGGAUUUAAGUUAUAAUGAUAGAAGUAUAAACAACACUUUACCUCCAAGACCUUCCCCUAAUGUCUAGAAGUGUUAGUCCAAACCCUCCUCGUUCACAUCAACAUCAACAAUUUAUUCCUCAUGAUGUAAGAAGAUUUAAUCAUAAUAUUAGGCAAUUUGAAGGGGAUAACAGAAAUAGAC